CCUGUCCCCCCUGUCCCUCUGUCCCCCCUGUCCCGCUGUCCCCGGCCAUGCCGUCCCCGCUGCCCCCCACUCGGUUGCGGCUGGCGGAGCGCGGGGCGGUGCUGGUGUCGUGCUGUCUGUCCUGUGCGGGGUCUGUGCUGCUGCUCUGCUCCCAGGCUCGCUGGCCGGAGCUGCGGACCCGGCCCCGGCAGCUGCUGCUGCAGCUGUCCCUGGCCGACCUGCUCUCGGCCCUGUCCUACUUCUACGGGGUGCUGCGGGACUUCGAGCGCACCUCGUGGGACUGCGUCCUGCAGGGCGCCCUGUCCACCUUCGCCAACACCAGCUCCUUCUUCUGGACCAUGGCCAUCGCCCUCUACCUGUACCUCAGCAUCGUCAGGGGCUCGCCCGCGGGCGAGGCUUUGCUCUGGUGCUUCCACGCCGUGAGCUGGGGUGUCCCCCUGGCCAUCACGGUGGCCGCUGUGGCUCUGAAGAAGAUCGGCUACGACGCCUCCAACGUUUCUGUGGGCUGGUGCUGGGUGGACCUGGACGCCGAGGAUCGGCUCCUGUGGAUGCUGCUGACGGGGAAGGUGUGGGAGAUCCUGGCCUAUGUGACCCUGCCAGUGCUCUACAUCCUCAUCAGGAAGCACAUUUACAGAGCACGCGCUGCGCUCUCCGAGUACCGCCCCAUCCUCCCGGGGACCCCGGCCCUGCGGCCCCGCGCCAGCAUCGCCGACACCAAGCUGAUCCUCAUCCCCGUCAUCUUCAUCUUCCUCCGCAUCUGGAGCACCGUGCGCUUCAUCCUGACCCUCUGCGGCUCCCCCGCCGUGCAGAACUCGCUCCUGGUUGUCCUGCAUGGGAUCGGGAACACGUUCCAAGGAGGAGCCAACUGCAUCCUGUUCGUGCUGUGCACACGGGCGGUCCGUGCCCGGCUGCGGUCCCUCCUGUGCUGCACUCACUGUCACCAGCUGCCCUGGCCUGCCCGGGGGUCCCACGGCUCCUGGCAGCCCCACAAGGACAGGGACAAGGACAGGGACAAGGACAGGGACAAGGACAAGGACAACGACAAGGACGUGCCCAGCCCCGAGCAGACGAAGCCGCUGCUCUCCAGCACCUGAGCUGCCCCGGCUGCUGCUGAUUCCUCUCUUGGUAAAACUCCAGUGUGAGCCUUUGCUCCUGCCCUGUGCACACAGGGAGGGCUGGGAGCAGUGCCAGGGGGGUUCUGCUGCUGCUCUGGGGUUCCCUGUCUGAGUCUGCAGCCCCAAACCAUUUAUAGAACUGCUCUGCUCCCUUCCCCUGAGCUGUUCCUCGAGGCUGUGAAAGGAGGAACUGGGCUGCAGGGCUGGCUGGCCCACAGGAGCAGGACAGCAGCCAGAACUGGAGGCUCUUUUCAGUGUGAAAUGCCAUGUGCACACACAUUUGGUCACUGCACAGAUCAGAUGUUUGCUGCCCCAGGUUUUACCCACGAGGGGAUGCAGCCCCUGCUGCCCUGAAGCGAUUCAAUUCACCCAAGCUUGCCUAGGAAGUGUCUGGGAGCAAAACUCGGCCAAAAGCUCCUCAUUCCAAGUGCAGGACCAGGCACUGAUGUCCCUGCACUGGCCUGGUUGUGUGAGCACCUCGUUUCCUGCAGCUUGAGCUCAUGAGCUGCAGAAUUUCUGGGGGUGUCAAAGCUCACCCAGGGCAGAGCCCGUGGGGCUGUGUGGGUUUGUGUCUGUGGAGCAGCGACACAGAUCUGUGUGCCAAGAGCAGCUGAAGGAGGGGAAACCCAGAGCAGCUGGGCUGGGAUGUGCUGGGAUGUGCUGGGAUGUGUUGGGAUGUGUUGGGACAUGUUAGGAUGAGCUGGGAUGCAGUGGGAUGCGCUGGGAUGAGCUGGGAUGCACUGGGGUGAGCUGGGAUGUGCUGGGAUGUGUUAGGAUGAGCUGGGAUGCACUGGG